CGCGCUGAGCGUCAUGACUGCUGUUUUUGUCCUCGUAUUACUGUGAACGUCAAACAGUGUGGGGGGAGUUUUCCACUGACGAGCACAACUCAACAACAGCUGAUCCCACUGUACUCUACGUGCAUCGACGACUAGAAAGGGUCUUAACUUUUCAAGCGUCCUAUGGUGGUCUCUUCCACUCAUGAUAUACAGAUACACAAUUGCUGGAUCACCAUGACUACAUCGCAGCGGGGUUUGAAGAGAAAAUAUGGUUUUCCAGAUGAGGAUGCGGUUUACUCUUCCUCGUCCCCCUCUUCACACUCUGAAUGGGACUCUGAUGAAGACAGUCCACAAAGUGACAGCCUGGACUCCGGGCCUGUUGGCUCUUUCUCUUCGAACCAUCACAUGCCAAUUUCAUCCAUCCUGAAGAAGACGAAAGCCACUCAAUCCAAAGGCAGUGUUCGGUUUGGUUCGGUUACAGUGUUCCUCUUCCAGCGCUGUCAAGGUUUCAGCAGUGUGCCCAGUCAUGGUGGCUGCACACUGGGCAUGGUUAGAUGGCACACCGCUCGUCAGCAGUUCACCCUAGUAGAGCACGCAGAGGAACAACAGCGCCUGAGACUGAUGAGACUUCGUGAGAGACACCAAGAGGAGAAGCUGGAGGCUUUGAGACAGAAGUUGAUCAACAGUGGGACUCUCACAGUGACCGAAGCAGCCAGACUGACAGUGAAUGACGUCCCGGAUGAGGAUGGCGAUCUCAGUAGUGCACAACUGAAGGACAUGGGUUCCCUUCGCCCCUACUCUUCCAAACGGAGACGUGCGAUGUUGAGAGCCACAGGGGUGUUGCGCAUCGACCGGGAGGAGAAGAGGCAGUUGAAGGAUCUGCGGCGCUGGAGGGAAGACUGCGGAUGCCACUGCAAGGGCUUCUGUGAGCCCGAAACCUGCUCCUGCAGUCAGGCUGGCAUCAAGUGCCAAAUGGAUCGUUCCAACUUUCCCUGUGGAUGCUCAAAGGAAUGCUGUGGGAAUCCCGCAGGCCGUAUUGAGUUCAACUCUAGUCGCGUACGGAGCCACUACAUCCACACACACAUGAAGCUGGAGCUGGAAAAGAGGCUCGAUGACACCCAACAGCAAUCCACACAGAGAAACAAAUCCAUCCCAAAUCCUGUAGAAAGCAUCUCUCCGCCAUUCAGACAAGCGGAAAACAGCUGGAGCAGCGAUACCUCCUGCUCAUCCUCUCUCAGUCUGGACUCAGAAACAGAUGCAAGUCCUUCCUCAGAGGACAUGGAGGACACUAGACUUACUCACAUACUCAGCUUCUCAGAUUCAGAUGCAGACCAGUGUCCUUACAUUAAAGACUACGAUCUGUCCAAAGAAGCUGCUCGGUUCGCAUCCACAAAUGAUAACGAACAAUCAAAAACCAAACCCCAACUAGAGUAUUUAGAUGAAAAUGCCAACCAGGUCAAAUGUGUAAACAAUUCUUUUUUUGAUAUCCCUAAUACGCCUUCUGCAUCUCCAGAUCACACUGUGAAUGGUUACAUGGACCUCAGUCUGUCUUCGGAUUCUGACUUGAUGUUUUUUGACACGUUUCAUGAGUUUAAUUAUUUUAAAACAUACGGUCAUUUGGACUACAUCUCACAUCUGCAGUUUCCUCGCUGUCCCAGUCCUGCUCAAACAGAGGAUUCGGGAAUCAGCCUUCUGGAGUCUCUUGUAGGAAUUUCAUAAUAUUUUUUUACUGUGGAUUUUACUGAACCUUUAAAGACAAAUGUUUUAUUCUCAUUUAGUUUGAGAGGAAAAGCGUGAAUAUUUUCAGAAUUUAAGGAUAUUCCUUGGAAAUGUAUUUUAGGAUGUUGGUGUGAGUUUGUGAUCAUAUUGUAAAUACUGUUAAAACCACUCUGCAUGAUGUAUUAUGAGUUGUGUGCAGGUUUUCAUUUUGUUGCCAAACUUUUUUACAUUUGUACAAUGAUUUCAGGUCAAUUUUUUUAUUUAUUCUUUAUAAACUAAAGCCUUUAUUGUCUUUUUUUCUUUAAAUAAGAUUCUAAUUAAUCCCAUUGCAGUAAGUAGUUUUACUGGUUAAUGUUUACUGAAAAAAAUGUAUUCAUAUUUAUUUCUCAAAUAUGUUUUAACAGAUCGUGUAUGUAAUGUGACCAUCUUUUUUUUCAUAGUGCAGUUAACUUUCUUAAUGUUUCACUAACUGUUAUAAAAACAAUAGAAACCAUCAAAGAACAAUUUAUUGAACAAUUACAAUUUAUUUAUUAUGGUUAUAUGGGGGCAGCAUGGUGGCUCAGUGGUUAGCACUUUCACCUCACAGUGAGAAGGUCGCUGGUGCGGAUCCCGGCUGGGCCAGUUGGUAUUUCUGUGUGGAGUUUGCAUGUUCUCCCUGUGUUGGUUUCCUCCAGUUUCCCCCGCAGUCCAAAGACAUGCGGUACAGGUGAAAUGAAUAAAUUAUAUUGGCGAUAGUGUAUGAGUGUGUAUAGGUGUUUUCCAAUACUGGGUUGUGGUUGGAAGCUGUGUAAAACAUUUGCUGGAAUAGUUGGCGGUUCAUUCUGUUGUGGCGACCUCUGAAAUAGACUAAGCCGAAGAAAAA